UUUCCUCAGAUUUCAAACCUAACCAGUUUAUCCAAGAGAACGGACGGGUCAAACGGCCAAUGAACGCUUUUCUAGUGUGGGCUCGCGUCCACAGAGAGGCCAUGCAAAAAGCCUUUCCAGGAAGAACCAGCAAUGACAUCAGUGUUCAGCUUGGAAAUGAGUGGUAUAAGCUCAGUGAGGAACAGAAGAGGCCCUACUUUAAAGCAGCUGACAAGCUGAAGAAGAUGCACAGACUGCACUUCCCUGAUUACGAGUAUCGCCCCCGGAAGAGAAAAGACAGAAAGCAAGCUUUUGAAGGGAAAUAUGACCAAACAUCAGGACAACAGCAGGACUCAAAUAUUCACUGUAUUGGCUCACAAAGUAUGCCUUCAGGUCAACCCAGGUUUCUGGACCCUAUUCUAUUUGGUCCAUCUCCUGUGCCUCAACCAGUCUCCUGCAAUUCCUAUUUGCCCUUUAACCCCCAUCAUCAAGCAACCAUGUACCAUAUGGGCCAGAGCCAGAGUUUAAGGCCCGGAUUUGCCAGAAGCUGGAUGGAGGAGGAAAACCUCGACCAAAGUUACUGGCACGAUGGAGCUUUGAGGCCAUUUGUCUUUGAUGGUUAUUCAGUGCAGCGUUAUUAUUCAGCUGGUUUUAUCUAAGAAGUCAUCAUUGGCUCAACAUAAUUUCAGUGUUGGCUGAUGUCACCUCUCACCAAGACUAAACAAUGUGGAGAGUUUAUAAGCCAGCCUCCAGGUGAUAGCUGAUUUCAUGUUUUUAAAUAAAAUGUUCACAAUACA